ACUUGUUAACAGUCGCUGCCAUUUCCAAGGAAAACUGCGCAUUGUAGCGAUGGCCGAGAGAAGUUUCAUGAGUGGAGACUCAGUCAAUGCCAAUACUGAUGCUGUUAUGGAAAAAGCAGAGAUGUCAGCACAGUUAAGAAAGAUGAAAAGAGACCAGAAGGCUUAUAAGACCCAGACCUUGAAGAAGAUCUCCAAGCAAGAACAGAUGAUUAAAAAUCUGCUUAAAGAACAAGAGGAGCUUCGUAAAAGACUUGCUGCCCGCGGUUUGACUCAACAACGCAAGGACAGUAAGGAUCUGCAGGCUCUACUAAAGCAAAACGAGACUUUAGAUAGAGAGAUAGCGGAGGAGAAGCAACGUCAAAAACAGCUGCAGAUGGAGAUUCUGAGCAUGGAGUCCAAGUUGGCAGAUAUGAAAAAAGAAAGAGCAGUCAGCAGUAAUCCAUCCCAAAGAUUAAAGGCAGGGAGGACUGUGCGUAAUUUGGAAGACAGGCUGCACAGAGCUACCAUCAAAUACAAUGAUAUGAUGACCCAAAACGACCGAGUGAAAGAAGAGGUGGACACACUUUAUCGCGAGCGAGACAAGUUUCAAAAAUUGCGAAACAACCUUACCAAGGAGCAGCAGAAAAUCUGCAAGAGCAAGGAUAAAAUAAUUAAGGAGUGGAACGCUGCUCAUGAGUUCUGUGAGAAGGCUCGGGCUGAGAAGAAGAUGCUGAUUGAGAAGGAUAUGAAGGCCCUUGCUCAGUACAACAAAGAAGUGAAAGAACUAGAGAGGAUUAUUGCACAUGAUUCCAAACUGAAUAACUUUAUGAGCACCAAGUGCAAGGAAACUGGUGAGUUUCAUGACAAAAAGGGAACGGAACAAGGUAAGAUCAUGCUUUAAGCUCAAAGGUGUGUAAAAUAUUGAGCAUGAAAAUAUUAAUGUAUGAAUGAAUGGAUAGAUAUUUAUUUCAGACAAUUUCAGAUAGACAAUUUGACAAGCAACAUAAAUGAAUAAAUACAAAUACACACAAAAAGACUAGUUAACAUCAAACCAAACAGCAAUUUCCAAACUAACUAAAUUCACCUGAACAUUAAUAGAAACAAAGCCCUUCACCAAAUAAAUCUGUAAGUAUAUACAGCCAGAGAAGUGACAUUGAUUUAUGUAAAUUAUCUGAAAAGGGGUACAAGGAAGUAAAACUUAUUAUUCAUACCCCCUGCCCCUCUAAUUGCACUUAAAUUAACUUAAAGUGGAGUUACCUUCCUGUUAAA